AUGAACAGUUUUACAAGUUUCGCUAAAAGACAACAUCGUUUUUGUAGUGUUUUCUUAAACAACCUUGGAUUCUUGGCCUGUUUUGUGGCCCUCAAUUUCCACCCCUUCUUUCUUCAACUUUUUUAUUUCCUCAUCCUUUCUCUGCUUGGUUACCUCGGUCUCAAGGUCUCAAAGCCAAGGACCCAUGUUAGACCAAAUGACUUGGAUCUAGUUUACACCUCCGUUUCUGCUUCCACUGCUUCUAGCAUGGUUGCCCUAGAAAUGGAGAUUUUCUCCAACUCCCAACUCAUUCUCCUCACCCUUCUCAUGUUUCUUGGUGGGGAAGUUUUCACUUCCAUGCUCGACCUUUUACUUGCUAGGUAUAAAUUCACCCACAUGAGUGUCCUAAACAGAUCUAGUGCUAGCAUCAAUCCUUUUUCACCCACAAAUGAGUCCCCAGUCAAUGCCGAUCGAGUUGAGCUUGGUUUAGUGUCUAUUCCCCGCUCAGAAUCAGAAGACCACCAACCAAGUCAUAGUAAUUAUAUUAACGUUUCAAAUGAUAGACUUAAGAAUAAAUGUCUUGGUUAUCUCACUUUGGUGGUUUUAGGUUACCUUUUGCUGGUUCAAUUUGUUGGAUUUAGUUUGGUGUCUGUGUACAUAACUUCGGUACCUAGUGCUAGACAAGUACUAAAAAACAAAGGCAUUAAAAUUGCAACAUUUUCUUUGUUUACCGUAGUCUCCACUUUUGCUAGUUGUGGUUUUGUCCCCACCAACGAGAACAUGAUAAUUUUCAAGAACAAUUCGGGGCUUCUCCUCCUUAUCCUCCCACAUGUCUUUCUAGGUAACACCCUUUACCCACCGUGUUUGAGGCUUGUGAUAAUGCUUCUCAAAAAGGUUUCUAAAAGAGAGGAAUUCUCAUACUUGCUCAAGAAUUCCAAGGACAUGCAUUUGCUCCCUGCUGUUCAUUGCUGCCUCCUGGUUGCAACUGUCUUGGGUUUGAAUCUCAUACAAUUUGUCAUGUUCUGCUCCAUCGAAUGGAACUCCAAAAUCAUGGAGGGUUCCAAUGUGUAUCAGAAACUGGUUGCGUCAAUAUUUCAAGUUACAAACACCAGACACGCUGGUGAAUCUGUUUUUGAUCUCUCUUCAAUGUCUUCAGCCAUAUUGCUACUAUUCAUUGUCAUGAUGUACCUGCCACCAUACACAACAUAUUUACCUGUAAAUAGAGAGAAGGAAAAUGAUGUGAAGAGAAAGGAAAAAAGCAUAGUGGAGUGUGUUGUAAUGUCCCAACUCUCAUACUUGGUUAUUUUCAUUAUUUUGAUUUGCAUAACUGAGAGCAAAAGCUUAAAAGAGGAUCCCCUCAACUUUAAUGUCUUGAACAUCACCCUAGAAGUCAUCAGUGCUUAUGGGAAUGUGGGGUUCUCAACGGGAUAUAGCUGCGCAAGGCAAUUGAAACCAAAUGGUAUGUGCAAAGAUUCAUGGGUUGGAUUUUCCGGUAGAUGGAGUAACAAAGGCAAGUUCAUCCUUAUCUUGGUCAUGUUCUUUGGGAGGCUCAAGAAAUUCAACAUGAAAGGUGGCAAAGCAUGGAAUCUCUCGUGGCAUAUGUAAUAAUAAGCUUGAUUCACAAUGUAUGUAAAACAGAAAAAAGAGCAUUCUUAAGUUUCAGGCAGCUGUGAGAAAUUUAGUAUCCACUCUCACCAAAAAUUUAUUCAGACAGUGAAAAAGCUAACACAGAGAUGUUUUCCCCAUGGGGCUGAAAUCUAAGCAUGACUGAUAGACCCUUGAGGACAAUAUCAGUUUAAUGCUAAUAGUAUUUGGUGAUUUUUUUUAAUAUCCGUGAAGACUAAUAAGUAACAUUUGGUGAAGAAUUUUGAAGUCCAAAGUCGGGGCAACAGCAAAAAAUGCCAAAAUGAGUAGAGAGAUUGCUUGAUCCGAACCAAGCAAUCCUAUCUAGUGAGUGGUGGUGAUUGUGUGUACAUGUGCGAUA